AUGAGCGCGCCUGAAGACACGGCACGGAGCAUACAGGCGGCGCUCGAGCCGUUUGUGCGGCCUCGUGAGGAGGUGGCGCACAUCCGGCGCGUCCUGCGAGCCCAUUUGGCGGCAUGCCUCAAGAGCGACGACAAUGCAUUGGACGGCAGCCUGGCGCUGGUUGACCUGUCUCGGGACCCGGAACCGCUGCCCGAGACGCGGGGACUGCAGCGGGCCUAUCUGCGAGCGCUGCGGGCCAACCUAGAAGCGCGGAGGGAGUUUGACCAGCGAACACAAGCAGCGUCUUCAGCGUCUUCAGCAUCUUCAGCCGCUGCCGCUGGACUGGAUGGAGGUCACGAUGCAGGGCUGUCGGCAUCGUCUGCCGACGGCAUCGGUAUUCUCAAGGAUCAUCUGACGACGGUCAAGUUGGGCCGCAAACGGGACCGGCUACAGGUGAUCAACCGUUACCUCGAUGCGCUGGGCGAGCGGCCCGUGGCUGUCGCUGCGGGCGAGGACUAUCUACACCCUGAAUUCAUCUACGGUGACGCUAUCACAACACUGCCGUCCGUGCCCAAGGCCGUCGUGGACGGGCUGGCCGAAGACGAGAUGGAGCGUGCGGCAGCGACGUCGAAAGACGCAACGCGUUCGGAUUCAGCAAGACAAGUAGCGGCAGCAGAUCUCGAACGGCUGGUGGCACGGCUGGAAAAGUCCGCACUGAGGGCACAACUGGUCCUACGACGAGAAGAGAAGCGGCUGGCGGCCGCCAAGGAACGGUCAAGCCGAACGAGCACAUCCCCGUCGGCAGCAGCAAAGCUACAGGCGCUUGGCGUGGCGCGAAACGAGCUCAUUGCGUGGAUGGAGGCGGAGCUGAGCAAUGCCGGCGACGAGAUUGACGACGAAGAUGAGGAGGCCGCCGAGUCGUCACGGCAGCUCCGACAGAGCUUACUGCAUGGGCACGAAGUGGUCGGCGGUAUGGGUGGUCUUGGCGGCAGCGACAAGAAAGUUCAACUCGAGAACAAACUGGACGACAUCCGUGACAAGUACAACCAGUACGUCGAGGCACGGCGUGCUCUGGUGGCCACGGUCGGGACAAUGGCGCCAAGCGACGAGGGGCCGACUAAGGCGGCGGUACCCAACCCGCUGUUUGCAAACAUGCCGCAGCUGCUGCCAAACUCGGGCGGCGAUAGGACCGCCACGGCCGCCACCACGCCAAGUAUGCCCACGGCUGCAACAUCACAGUCACCAUCACCUGCACAAGCGCCAAAACCAGCAGUGUCUGGCGCCGAAAAAGCAGCGGCACUCGGCAACCUAUUGCUUGCACCCUACUUUGAACGGUUGCUGGCCGUGGCCCGCGACCAAAAGGCCGACAUUGCCCACAAGGCGCACUACAACGUCCUCUUGGCGAAGCGCCUCAAGGACACAUGCCAGAUGCUCGACCACUUGGCCGACGAGAGCCAGCUUCUUCCGCGGUUCGGUGCCGCCAACAACGGAGGUGGUAGCGGAGGGGCCCGCGGUGGUGCAGCCUUCCUCCGCAAAAAGGCAUUGCUCGCCCCGGAACAAGGGACGACUGCUGCAGCGGCAGAAGGAGUUAGUCAACGCGCUGCAGCAUGGACGAAUGCGGCAGACUCGGCCAAGAUUGCCACGUUCGAAGCCGUGUUUGAAAAGGUGGAGGAGGGCCAGGUGGCACUGGAACGGGCCACACAAUCCCUGGUCGAGGCUGAGCGUCUGCUCGGAAGGAAUCCCGAGGACGAGGGCGAGGGUGACGACGGCAAGAAAGUAGGGACGCGUAAGCCCGGCGCAAGACAAGAACAACAGAGCGGCGACAUAUGGGCCAAGCUGGACGGCGAGCUGGGACUGCUAAAGGGGGACAGUCGUCGGUAG